CACAGCCGCGAGCGGACGUUGCGACGUGUUCUGUCAAGUAAGUUUUUCACGCGAACGCGGUGACUUGCUACGCUGCCUUCAGUUGUUUUGCAACUGCCGAGACAUGGUGGAUUAUUCUGCAGUGCAACAUUCGUCUCAUUGCCAAUUGUUGCUGCAAUCGAGCGUGUGGAUUACGAAGAUAAGUGUGAAAACCAGUGACACGCUCGAGUGAUGCAAACGGCUGCCGAACAGGAUAAUGCCACCGAUAAGAAAGAUAACCGAUUGUGCCAGUUGAUAACGAACGCUAUCACCCGAGGAAUGCGACGAAAAGCUUCAGUGCAAUUCCCCGGGCCGUCCCGACAGCACUGCUGGAAGAAGGCGCGUCGAGGGCGAGUGACAGUGUAAACAAGCGAGGCAGACUAUUUUAAGUGAUCUUAUUAAGUGCUCAAGGACUUGAAUACGGCGAUAGAUAGAUAAAGAGUUCACGAUGGAGAUACUGGAUAUCAGUGCGCGUGUGAGAGCCGAACACUAACAGUGAGGAAUAUUUUUGAGAUGAAAAAAUGGAGAGUAAUUAUGACCCAUAUGUACGAGUCCUGCGCAGCGAGGGUGACGGGGAGGAUGACCUGGUCCCCUGGUGUACGGACGGCGACCACGGCAGGUGCAAGGCCUACCUGGCGAAGGUGAUAAGUGUUGACGAGGAUGGCUCUUGCGACGAGUUGGGGGAGGACGACUCCGCAGAGGAGUAUCCCCCUCUCGUCAUCACAGAAAACGGGAUGUACGACGCCGUCCCGGAUCGAGCCCAGACUAAUGCAUCUUUCACAAGUCUUUCUCGCGGGUUUCGCGGCUGCACCUACGUCGGCGAGGCGAAAGAGGUGAUGUUUGGGGAGAAUCUCAAUGUUUCGAUGCCGCUAAUCUACAAUUCUGAGGGGGUGAAUAACGAAAGUGAAAUUAAAGAGCAAGUUUAUGACAUGGACGAAGGCGCGGCUGACCCAAGCACUGAUGACGUAACCUUCGAAAACAGAGAAGAGGUCAGUCUGGUUGGGGAGGAGUCAGUCGACGACCCUAGCGGAGGUUCCGAGCCAAGGGCACCUUCACAGGAACUCGCCGAGGUUGCUAGCGAACCCAGCGGUGCCGGAGAUGACGUCACAGAUAACAGAGGGUAUAUGGGUCGGCCCAGAAAUAACCUUGUCACGCGGGAGUACCUCAAAAUCAGCGGGAUCUUGGGCUUUGCCGCAGAGCUAAUCAACACGACGCUUCCCGGCGACGAAGGCCACCCUUCGCGCAAUAACGCUGACGACUCGGCGGAGCGAGGCCUGCUCUCGCGCCCAUGGGAGAAGGCCGUCUGCGGGACGCCCCCCGAGGGUCGAGCGCCGGAUGCCCCCGCGCUUGGCCGCGAGACCGAAAACAAUAAGAGUAACGCAAAGCGCGCUCAAUUAGGUCACGUGAUCGGGCAGGGCCUCGACGCGCCUGACCUUUCCAGGACCAAGGCGCGGGCUGGCGGGGAUGCCCGUGACGUCAUAAAGCCCUUUGUCUUGUCCGACCUGAAGCGUCUUCGGGAGGAGCGCCGCGUAUCGGUGGAUGAGGGAGAGAUAGCAGAGGAGGAUAAAGGUAGCGAAUGCGGAGACGAAGAGAGUCAUGAUGAUAAAACGGAGGAAGGGGAAAGAAGUGCGGGGGAAGAGGAGGAGGACCUCGAAAAUGGCAUUAACGUGCAAGAGUACAAAGAGGUAAAGGCCGUUUUUGUUAAAGAAUGUUUGGUAGAAGAGGAAGAAGAAGAGAAAGGCGAUAAGGAAGAAGGUAGUGAGGAGAUGAUAGAUACGGGCGGGACGGAGAAUAUGAUCACUGAAGAGGAUAAAAAGGAAAUUGGAGAAAGCACGGAACCAGAAGAGAAAGAGGGAGGAAAUGAGAUAGAGGCAGAACAGGAAGAACCACAGGAGGAGUUACAACAUUCUCGGGAAGAAAAUGUUGCCGAAAAACUCCCCUGCGAAGAACAUUCCCGUGUGGAACAUCCACAAGAAAACGGCGAAAGCGUACUGUCGUCAGAGAAUAGUUCUUGUGAAGAACAAUCUCCUGUAGAACGUUCCACUGAAGGGAAUGUUGACGGUUCAUUCCACGAAGAAUAUGCUUCUUAUCACUGUGAAGAACAAGCCUCUGAUGAACCUUCCCCUGCAGAACACUGCGAGGAAGACCCUUCCAGUGAGGGACAUCACUGUGAAGAACAUCCCAGUGUAGAAGAACUUUUUGAAGAUUCCUCUGCCAAAGAAGUUAAAGAACGGACCAGCGGAGAAUUUCUGCGAGAAGAGCACGGGUGUCCCAGUGAACGUUUUGUUCAGCAAGAACCCUUUCAAGAACUGUUCAUUGAGAAAAAAUCUCCCAAGGAUGAUUCGGAAGUGCAUUCCAAUUCUAAUGAGGAAUGUUUGUUUAAUGAUCAUUCCGACCAAGAACAUUCCUUUGAAGAACACCCUUUGGAACCACCUUCCUCUGCUGAAGAACGCUUAUGUACGGACGGGCCCAGUGAAGAACCGCUUCUAGAAAAUCUGAUUGAUUUGUCAGAGCACACGCUUGAAGAACAACCUAAUCCCUGUGGUGGCAAUCCUACUGAAGAUCAACCUGGCGACCUGCGUGAACACGCGUGUGUUGAAGAAAAUCCGGAAUUUUCGGAGCUUCAUCCUAUUGAAGAACAGCCGAAAGACGAUGAUCACCUGAGUGAGGAAGAACAGUCACUUGGAUGCCAUUCUUCUGAUUUACGUUCAACAGAAGAGCAACUCGGUGAACAUUUUAUUGUAAACGAACAUGACAACGAAUCCCUUCAAGAGCAACAAACAAAUGAAGAACUUUCUGUAGGCCAGGAUGUGGGAAGCCAGUUGGAUGAAGAACAGGACUUUGAGAAGAAAUCGGAAGAAGAGCAAGACACUGAAGAAUACUCGAGUAAAGAACAAGAUAAUGAAGAACAGGCGUUUGAAGAACAAGAUACUAAAAAUCAACCAAGUGAAGAGCAGAACGGCAAGAAAUCAAUGUGUGGACCUCAGCUCGAGAAAGAACAGUCUGUGAAAAGAUCGGAAGACCACCUCACCAAAGAACAAGGAGUGGACGACGGCACAGGCGAAGAACAUCCUUGUGAAGGCGAAUCCGGUGAAGAACAAGUGGGUGAGCUAAAAGCGGGUGCCGAGCUGGACGUCGCUGACCCCGUAAUUGAGAUAGAUGUGGGUGAGCGAGCAGCCGGCAGUGGUGAGACUGCCACGGCUGACGUAGACGCUGACCGUAUCAGCAUCGUCAGCGCUGAUGACAAAAGUGGAUGCUCUGCCGACGUCCCGAUAGCGGGAUGAGGGUAAUUAUGUCGACCUGGUUAGCGGCAGUGACAAGCA